CGUUAUAGCUCAUCACUAACCCUCAUCGUUCUUCUCUCCUCCUCUGCGGCUGCUAUAAGCGACCACCGAGGCCAGACCUGAACGCAGCGCAGGGUUAUUACUGGCAAAGACAUGAUGACUGAUCAGCCUACUGUCGCUCAGAAGAUGUCCGGAAAGCUAAAUCUUAGUUCCAAUUCUCAAAUCCGUUAUGGGGGAAUUGAACAGCCUGCUAUUCACCAGAGGCGAUUCUCUUAUGGGAAUUACUCUAGUGCAGCUUUUCAGUAUCCCGUGACCCAAACAUGCAGAGCAUCUCAGGACCUUUCUUUGGUUACUGCAAAUGCUUCUCCUGUCUUUGUUCAAGCUCCAUCUGAGAAAGGGUUAGCAGGAUUUGCAAUUGAUUUCCUUAUGGGUGGAGUUUCAGCAGCAGUGUCAAAAACUGCAGCAGCCCCCAUUGAGCGUGUUAAGCUUUUGAUUCAAAACCAGGACGAGAUGCUUAAGUCUGGCCGUCUUUCUGAACCCUACAAGGGAAUUGGUGAUUGUUUCAAGAGGACAAUGAAAGACGAAGGUAUGGUCGCAUUGUGGAGAGGAAACACUGCUAAUGUCAUCCGUUAUUUCCCUACCCAGGCCUUGAACUUUGCGUUUAAGGACUACUUUAAGAGGCUGUUUAACUUUAAGAAAGACCGUGAUGGCUACUGGAAGUGGUUUGCUGGAAACCUAGGAUCUGGUGGUGCUGCUGGUGCAUCAUCACUUCUCUUUGUGUAUUCCUUGGAUUAUGCCAGAACCCGUCUUGCUAAUGAUUCCAAGGCCUCAAAGAAAGGAGGAGGUGAGAGACAAUUCAAUGGCUUGGUGGAUGUUUACAAGAAGACCCUCCAAUCUGAUGGCAUUGCUGGACUAUACCGUGGAUUCAACAUCUCAUGUGUUGGUAUCAUUGUUUAUCGCGGGUUGUACUUUGGAAUGUACGAUUCUCUCAAACCUGUUCUCUUGACUGGAAACUUGGAGGAUAGUUUCUUUGCUAGCUUUGCUCUUGGAUGGCUGAUCACAAAUGGUGCUGGUCUUGCCUCAUACCCAAUUGACACAGUCAGAAGAAGAAUGAUGAUGACAUCUGGUGAGGCAGUCAAGUACAAGAGCUCGUUCGAUGCCUUCUCCCAAAUCCUUAAAAACGAGGGACCUAAAUCGCUGUUCAAGGGUGCUGGUGCAAACAUCCUUCGUGCCGUUGCAGGUGCUGGUGUUCUUGCAGGAUAUGACAAGCUUCAGUUAAUUGUGUUCGGUAAGAAGUAUGGUUCAGGUGGUGCUUAAGUUUUCUUAAACGUUUAGAUAAUGAUGAAAAAUAAUGAUUAAGACAUGCUUGUUGAAUAAGCAGAAACUCAGAGGUAAUUCCUCAACUUUAAUAUUAUUUUGGUAACUGUUGGUCGUGUGAUUUUUGAUUUGUUAUGAACACAGAGUUGAACAAUACCUUUUUCACAUCGGCUGUUUAUUUUGAAGUAGUAGUAUUAUAAUUUUGUUAUUUUCAGUUA